AUGCGCGACAGCGAGGAUCGGAUGAAGAACGAGCUCGCAGAGGUGGUGGACUUUGCUAUUCUUGAAUUGACGGACGCUGCGAAAAAUGCUGAGCACUUCGGCCUAGAGGAAGAACUUACGGAAACCGUGACCCGGCCCUUUUUGACAAUUAUCGACGAUCGCACUGUUCAACGUGCCAAUGAAUUUCGGGAUUUCGCAAGAGGCGGGAAACCGAUGGACGCGCAGGCACUCGCAGAUUUGCUUCAACGCAACAAGUUUCAACCAUCGAAACUUACGCCUGAUCAAGAUGACGAGUUAAUCAACGCUCUUUUGGAUUUUCGAAAGCCGACAGAUGUGGUGAAGGUGCUCCUGUCGCUCCGUUUGAUCCUCGGCAUGGGACCCCACGCGGAUGAGCUCCAUCGAAAACUAGUUGUGUACUACAAGAACGAUCUUGGAGUAAUGUCUGACGCAUGGAUGAGGUCAGGAGUUGACCCCAAAAAGCUUGUCAGGGUCCUCGGAUGGCGCUUAAAUCCCUCAAUGGGAGACGAGAUGCUACCUUUUGUAUCCACGUUGUUCGAGUACGUUGGUAAAUUCGGAGAAGUGCACCCGAAAGCAGUCGACAAUGAAGACAUGUUCAGCAUCAUGUUCCCGCAUCAUUCUUCGGCUGAAAUCGAUGCCUCGAUCCAAAGAAUGUCCGAAACCCCUGGCUGUGAAGCGAUUGCAAAGAAACUGCAAGAACUUCAUUCAGACAUUAAAAUAAUCUCCCCAGCGAAGCAUGUGGACACCGUCCCGAUUUUAAGUCACGCGAAGAUAAUCCGAUCGAUGGACUUCCGCCUGCAAGAGUAUGUGAAAUUUGCCAAAUGCGGAAAGGCCAUGGACGCGACGGUUUUCGAAAACAUGCUGAGACCCGCAGCGGAUGUGGCAAAACUACUGUUGUCGUAUCCAAUGAUUUCAUAUCCCGAUUACAUGGAUAUUAGAAUGCAUAGGCAGCUUCUGCGUAUCAAGUCAACUCCGGGAUUGAUGAGCCACGUGUGGAUGGAGUUUGGAGUUCACCCUGAGGUCCUCUUCAAGCAACUCCUCGUAAGCUGGCAAAAGCCGGAGGAUCGCUUAUACUAUCAAUGUUUAGCUGAAUGGUUCAAGUACAAGACGAUGUUUGGUGAAAAGCACCCAGAUGCAUUCACCACACAUGACGCGGCGAUCGUUUUGUUUCGUAACAAACCAGCGGAACUCGUAGAAGACGGUAUCCGAAUGGUUGAGGAGCAACACCAAGACAAAUCGCUCGCCCAGUUGCUACGUCAGAUGUACCAGGGUUUCGUCAGGGAAGAACUUGCCAAGGCUUCGAGCGCGCUUCAUACGAAGGCUAUACGGGACAGCCCAACCAAGCCAAUUGUGCGGUUGUAG